AUGGUGACUUCAAUUGUUACUCUCACGGCUUUUUUGGCCGUUGGUUUGGUGACCGCCUCACCUAUCAAAGCUCGUACACCGUAUGCUGUGAAGGAAACUCACUAUCCUCCUUCUCAAUGGCAGAGAGUAGGACCUGCGACUAAAGGCCAAUUUAUUAAUCUUCAAAUUGGCUUGAGGCAAGGUCAAUUUGAUGAAUUGGAAAGGCAUCUUUAUGAAGUCUCCGAUCCUUCUCAUCAUCGUUACGGUCAACAUCUCAGUGCUGAUGAGGUGAACGAUCUCAUCAAGCCUACCGAUGAAACUUAUAAUCUCGUCCACGAAUGGCUUCAAGACAACAACAUCGAGGCGGGAUUCCUUGAAUACAGUCCUGCUAAAGACUGGAUCAAAAUCACCAUCCCAAUUGAGGACAUUGAAAGUCUUUUGGAUACCGAAUAUUCAACCUAUCAACACGAAGAUGGUGAAUACAUAGUUCGGACUCCAGAAUGGUCUUUACCUCUCCAUCUCCACGACCACAUCGAGACAAUUCAACCCACCAAUUCUUUCUUCAGACCACGCGCUGUAGCAAAGACAAUGAAGAAAGUCGGCGAAGCCACAGAAUACGAAGCUUUAACACCAUCAAACUACAAACCUCCUACCGUUGGACAAACUGCCGCAGAUGUUUGCAAUGUUUCAUCUGUAACUCCACUUUGUCUUCGAACUCUUUACGGUACCAUAAACUACACGGUCCAAGCUGCUCACAAGAACAAGAUGGCUCUUACAGAUUACCUCGGAGAAUCCAACAAUCGAUCUGAUACCAAACUUUUCCUUGAAAAAUAUAGACCUGAAGCAGCUUCAGCAGCAUACAGUUUUGAAGUACAAAUUAUCAACGGGGGUAAUGAUGAACAAGGACAAGAAAAUGCCACAGAACUCGCCGCUGGCAAAGAUCGCGAGGGAAAUCUGGAUUCGGAAACUAUGUUGGGAAUCGGUUACCCAACUCCAUUGAUCGCUUAUACGACCGGUGGUUCUCCUCCUUUUACUCCCGAUUCCCAAACUCCUACUGAUACUAAUGAACCAUAUCUCACAUGGUUACAAUACAUGCUCGAUCAAAAAGACAAAGAUCUUCCAGGAGUAGUAAGCAACUCAUAUCAAGACACCGAACAAACAGUCCCAUACUCGUAUGCCGUUUCCGUCUGUAAAGGAUUUGCCCAAUUAGGAGCAAGAGGUGUAUCCGUUCUUUUCGGAUCGGGUGAUAAUGGUGUCGGAUCAGACGGAACAUGUAUUUCGAAUGUCGACAACAGCACGACUUUCCUCGCCAUGUUCCCAUCUACAUGUCCCUACGUCACCUCAGUCGGAGGAACCAAAUUCAUCAACCCCGAAGUCGUCGCCUCAGACCCCAGAAACGGAUACGUAUCCGGCGGAGGAUUUUCGCGGUAUUUCCCCCGUCCCUCCUGGCAAGACGCAGCCGUAAAACCCUAUCUCUCCUCUCUCCCCAAGAACAUCACCAAAUACUUCAACGCAACCGGUCGUGCAUUCCCUGAUAUCGCGGCUCAAGGAUACGCGUACAUUACUGUUUGGAAUGGCACAUUGGUUCAUCUCGAUGGAACUUCUGCGGCUACUCCUACUGCUUCUGCUAUCCUUGCUCUCAUUAAUGAUGCCUUGAUCGCAGCAGGAAAACCAACUUUGGGUUGGUUGAAUCCUUGGUUGUAUAAGAAGGGUUAUAAGGCUUUUACUGAUGUUACGAGUGGAAGUUCGAGUGGGUGUGGUACGGAUGGGUUUCCUGCGACGAAAGGUUGGGAUGCUGCCUCGGGUUUUGGUACUCCAAUUUUCCCAAAACUUAAAGAUUUGGUCCUUUCCAAGUAG